UUACUUGUAAUAUAUAAAAAAUCUAACAUACAUAUUAUGAUUUAUACCAAGUUGGUAUUAACAUCAAGUUAAAGAUAUUCGAAAUUACUUACAAAUAAAAAUUUUUUUGAUAGAAUUUUAAUAUACGUAAAUUCAAGUCACUGAGAUCUUUAACGAUAAUUGAAUGCAUUUUAUUUAAGCAGAUUUUAUAAUUAUUCAGUAUUUCAAAUUUUUUUUAUCCACGAUUUAUACAUUAUUUUCCUAUCAAUAAUCUAGUAUUCAAUACAUAAUAGUGAUUGUAAUUAUAAAUAGUCACCGAAUUCAGUUGUCAAGUGCUGUGCAAAUAGUGAAAUGUGCAAUAAAUUAUUAAAAUCGCUUCGUUUCUUGCUGUUUUAGAUGAUAUUUCCUUAUCCGCGUCAUAACUCAUAAGACUGUUGUAUGUAGGAUGGCGAGAAUGCUGCUAUAACAUACUGUUAAAUGCGCUAUAAACGCAUAUUCCUUACAGAUGCGGGCUAAUGUAUGUUUUGCUAAAACGUAUUUUUUAUCAUUAGGUGAAAACCUUAUCAAUACAGUGGCACUUUCUAGGUCACAAAAAUAUCGCGAAUGGAGGCUUUGCACGGUGUGAAUUUACGUGGAUUUCACUGUUUGAUGUUGACUCAAGUCACGCAGAUAAGAAUUAUUGACGCUCAUAUACCGUAGAGAUGAAACAUUCGAUUUAUAUCACUCUUCGUGAUACACCAACGUGUUCUUCGCACCAAAUUUCUAUCAAAAUCCAUUCCAAGUACCACCGCGAAUGUCGAAUUUAGUGUCAAUGAAAGGAUCGAUUACGAUCGAGGAAGAGGAAGAUGAGGAUAAAGUUGGAUCUUCAACCUACGUGGACAAAAUAUCCCAAUUUAUUCCUAUAUUGGAAUGGUUUCCACGAUACACACACCUAGAUGCAGUGUCGGAUUUCAUCGCAGGGAUAACUCUAGGGUUGACCAUGAUUCCUCAAAGCAUAGCAUACGCCGCGCUAGCUGGAUUGCCUGUUCAGUACGGACUCUAUUCUGCGUUUGCGGGUAGUUUAAUCUACGUAUUUUUUGGAAAAAUCAAAGAAGUAUCUAUCGGCCCUACUUCUUUAAUGUCACUCUUGACGCUUGAAUAUACCCGAGGCCUACCAUUAGACUUUGUGUUUCUCCUUGGUUUUCUCGCCGGAUGCAUGGAAUUAACAUUUGGACUGCUUAACUUGGGAUUCUUGGUGGAUUUUAUCUCAAUGCCAGUGACGUCUGGAUUUACCUCGGCUACAUCUGUGAUCAUUAUUCUUGGACAACUAGAAAGACUGCUUGGUCUUGAAUACAAAACUUCUUCCAAUAUUGAGAAGAUUGUUAAAGCAUUCCAGCAUAUUGGUGACAUUCGAAUUGGUGAUACCCUGAUUGGUAUUUCAAGUAUCAUAUUCCUGCUGAUAUUCAGGAAACUCAACAACGUUAAUCUAUGCUGGCAGCAGAGUGAAAAAAAGCACAAAUUUGUGAAAAAAUUGUUGUGGUUUCUUUCCAUCGGUCGCAAUGCUUUGCUCAUUUUAAUCACAACUGUUCUAGCGUUUAUAAUGGAAACAGCUGGCAAAUCCCCUUUCCUGCUUUCCGGUAAAGUUGAGCCAGGACUUCCAUCUUUUGGUCUACCUCCAUUCAGCACACAAGACGGCAAUCGAACGUAUACCUUUAUAGACAUGUGCUCGCACCUGCGAUCUGGAAUAUUCAUCCUCCCUCUUGUUGCUGUGCUAGCUAAUGUUUCAAUCGCUAAAGCUUUCGCAAGUGAUAAGGGAGUCGAUGCAGCUCAAGAAAUGCGCAGUUUGGGUCUGUGCAACAUAUUUGGUAGCUUUGUCCAGUCGAUGCCAACAUGCGGUGCGUUCAGUAGGAGUGCAGUGAGUAAUUCAAGUGGCGUAAGAACACCCUUGUCUGGUCUCUAUGCUGGGAUCUUGACUUUAUUAGCUUUGAGCUUCCUUACACCUUAUUUUUAUUACAUUCCGCGAGCUUCCCUAGCCGCUGUUCUUAUAGGAGCGGUGAUAUUCAUGAUAGAAUGGUCCAUAAUUCCAGUAUUAUGGAAAGGAAGUAAAAAAGACAUGGCGGCGUCAAUUGGUACGUUCAUUGCAUGCAUUAUAUCAGUUGAGUAUGGACUGCUGUUCGGAGUCAUGUUGAACAUACUCUAUCUACUACAUGCGUGGGCAAGACCAAGUAUACAGGUAUCAAAAUGCAAGACUGCUGACGGGGAUAAGUACAUCCUAAUAAAGCCAGACAUUGGAUUAUACUAUCCAGUGGUAGAUUUUUUACGUAAUAAGAUGAAUGAGGCUGCUGCGGAAAAAGGGAAAAAUAUUCUACCUGUAGUUUUAGACUGUGAUGGCUUCAAAGGCAUUGAUUACACGGGUAUGAAGUGCAUCGAAGCAAUGAUAAAUGACUUUGAGAAAAAAGAGCAGUACUUAACGUUUAUACACCUGAACGCAAGAGUCUUAAAGAAAAUUGAAUCACUUGGUGGUAUAAAAAAGCUAAGGCAUGCUAAGGUUGAAGGCGAUAUUGUUGGUAAACUUUUCUACAAUACAGUUGAAAUGACGAGAAGUGCAACAGUGCCAAUUUUUGAACAGACGAAGAGUGAAACAGCAGACAAUAAUACUGUAGUAAUAACACAGACUCAAAGAGCAGGUAUUCAAGAAGAAGAACGUGAAAACGAACCUUUAGUGACUGACUAUCAAGCAGUAAUAAAAGAGUUCGAAACAACCGAAAAAUCAAAAUUGAAAACAGAACCAUCUGAGUUAUGAAGAAGUAACGAUUUGACAUCUUUAAAAUUGUUUUUCUUCACUAUGAUAAUGUGUAGUUACACAACUCUCAAUAGGAUGCGAUGCAAAUCUUGCUACUUUUGCUGUUUUCAUAUUUUUUAUUGUAAAUAAUACAUUUACAUAUGAGAAGAGACACCGUUUGUCUACUUUAUUUUAAAUUCUAUUCAGACUUGGGUGGAAUAAUCAAAAGACAUAGGAAAAUGAAUUGGCUACCCAGUAAACCAAAACGAAUUGAAUAGAAUUAAGUGCGCCCAAAAACGAAAUCAACUCUAACUGAAGCGAAUUGAAAAGACAUGUGUCAAUUCUCUUGAAUAUGUUUCAAUU